AUGUCCACAUCAAUGAUCAUACGAAACCAACCACCGCUCCGCUACAUCCGGUACGGUGACCUCAAUAUUGGCAGUAUCAUUUCCGGUCUGGACUACAGUGUUGAUGGUCUGUGUGGAAACAAACCCUUUGUGAAUGCUUCUUUUCAUUUUUCGGAAGCUAUUGCCUACGCUAUUGAUGAAGUCAACAAAAAUAAAGAAAUACUCCCAAAUGUGACUCUGGGAUUUGUUAUUCUUGAUGAUUGCAUGAAAGAGACAACAGCAACGAUACAGAGGUCGGAGUCGACAGACAACAAAACUUGUUCCGCUUCAGGGAUCGAUGCUGAAUUCUGCGACGAAGACUUCGAUAUUCUUCCUUCCUAUGAUGUUGUUGGCGUGAUCGGGUGUUUACGUAGUUCUUCCUCUUCCUCUGCCUCCAUGGUUCUGGGGCCAGCUCAACUGCCUCUGGUCAGCUUUACUUCCACGAGUGAGAUUUUAAAUAACAAGGAGUUGUAUCCUUACUUUAUGAGGGUUGUUCCCUCGGAUAAUUCUCUGGUGGACGCUCAGGUGGCACUAAUUCGUCAUUUUGGCUGGAGUUAUAUUUCUGUUGUUUAUGACGAAGGCACUUUUGGGGAGAACGCAUUCCAGGCAUUGAGAACAAAGUUGGCAAGUUUAGAGAAAGUCUGCAUUGCCACGUCGCACCAAAUUUUCCAGAAAUCUCGUUACGAGGACUUUGUGCGGAUUAUGGCGGACCUGGAGUUGCACAAGAACGCCCGCGUGGUCAUCUCCUACACGGACCCGCCCAGCGUCCUGCAGCUUCUGAAGGCCAGUCACGCCCAAGGAACGGCUGGAACCUUCAUCUGGAUGUCCAACGAAAGCUGGAAAGCGGCCCUUGGGGACACCAAUGAUGAGGACCUCAUCCGAGCCGCUGCCGGAUGUCUGGUGUUCGGCUUUCAGGCUCUGGUGUCUCCGCCUUACAACAAACACGUGCUUCGGAUGACUCCAAGCAACAACCAGAACCCUUGGUUUACCAGAUUUUGGGAGCUCACUUUCAAAUGCUCAGUUACCGACCCUGCAUGUAUAUCUGCACAUAAAGUGGAGUCCCUCCCUGGAGCGACCACUUUCACCUACGCAAACAACGCCUAUGAGGCUGUUCUGACGUACGCCCAUGGGAUUCAGGCUCUGGUCAACAGUAAAUGCCCUAACGCCACUGGACAAGACAUCAAACAAUGUAUUACUGGCCCAGAUCUUUUACAGACAAUGAGAAAACUGAAAUUCCACGGACCUACAGGAGAGAUAGAGUUUGAUCAAACAGGCAGCAUUCUACCGUCUGUGGACUACCGAGGGCUCAACAUUACCCCAGUUGCCAUCUUCUACUCGGGGAAAGGAAAGAUGUUCUAUCUGCGUAAUGUGAGCUUUGAGCACAUUGAUCAGCGAGGGUUUGUUGAUGGCGUGCCAGAGUCGGUCUGCAGCAAGCCUUGUAGAUCAGGUCAGUUCAUCAUCGCCAAAGAAGUCGUCUGCUGUUGGGAGUGUAGGUCGUGCAGGGCCAACGAGAUCUUGGUCAACGACUUCACCGACUGUUUCCUCUGUCCUCUUCUGGAGUGGCCUGAUCCCCAGACCAACUUCACAAUCUGCGAGGCCAUUGCUCCUGACUACCCACAAGGAAGUGACCCGGUAGUGAUUCUAUGCCAAAUUCUGGCAGCUGUGGGCGUGGCCCUGGUCGUUAUGGUAACCAUGACCCUUGUCCGGUACCGGAACGCUUCCGUCAUCAAAGCAUCAGGGCGGGAGUUGAGCUGUCUGCAACUGUUGGCGAUUCUCUUGGGUUAUCUGACGAUGCCUGUUCUGACGGUCAAGCCUAGCAACCAGGUGUGCAGUGGUUCCUUCUUCCUCUACUGCCUCAGCUUCACCUGGGUCUACGCCCCGCUGCUUGUCAAG